UGAACCUGACACCAACAUGCAGUGUGAGUGGGCUGAAGAGGAUGAUCUCCCCUAUGGAGCAGUUCCACUGGUCACAGAUGCACCUGAUGAUAAUAAAUUGUACAUCAUGUACCAUGGCACCAGCAGCCAUAACGCUCAAUUAAUCCUGGCCAAUGGUUUCAAGCAGUCGGAGGAGGGGAUGCUCGGCCCUGGCGUCUACCUCAGCAGAGACCUGCGUAAAGCCAGCGCCUAUCCUAAACGUCACCCUAUAUCUGACAAGGUUGUCAUUAAGGUUAUGGUCAAUGUGGGGAAAGUGAUCGCCAUUAAUCAUCAAGGCCACGCUUAUCAGAAGACCUGGCACGACUACGGCUAUGACACCGCCUGGGUACCACCCUGGUGCAGAAUGGUGAAGACCGGUUUGGAGGAGGAUUGUGUCUGGGAUCCCGAUCGAAUUAAGAUCAUUAACAUCAUCAAACCACAACGAGUCCAACCCUAUACAUGUGAUGCAUGUGGCUGUGCACUUUUGUGUAUUGUUAUACUUGUAAUGGGCCUUUUUCAGUGUAUUUGUUUGAUCUAUUUGGAAAAAAAGCUGGCAGGACAGAAACCCAACACCACCACUGUGUUGACCACACCCAGAGAACCUGACAUCAACAUGCCGUACGAGUGGGCUGAAGAUGACUUUGACUUGCCCGAUGGUGUGGGUCGCCUGGGCCUCACUGCACCAAUAAGUGGUAAAAAGUAUGUCAUGUACCAUGGCACCACCAAGAGGGCAGCUCAAUUAAUCCGUGCCACUGGGUUUACACAGUCCGCAGACGGGAUGCUCGGCCGUGGCGUCUACCUCAGCAGAGACCUGGACAAAGCUAGCCGCUAUCCCAUCAACCACCCUGAGUCCGACAGGAUCGUCAUUAAGGUUUUGGUCAACGUGGGGAAUGUGAUCGUCAUCAAUUAUCAAGGCCACCGACGUCAGAAAACCUGGCAUGACAGCAGAUACGGCGAGGUGUAUGACACCGCCUGGGUGCCACCCAAUUGUGGAAUGGUGAAGAGCGGUUUGGAAGAGGAUUGUGUCUGGGAUCCCAAUCGGAUCAAGAUUCUUAAAAUGAUCCAACCACGCCCAGUCCCAACCUUUCCACUGGGCCUCUCUGCACCAGAUAAUAAUAAAUGUUAUGUCAUGUACCAUGGCACCACCCGCCAUAAUGCUCAAUUAAUCCUUGCCAAUGGUUUCAAGCAGUCGGAGGAGGGGAUGCUCGGCCCUGGCGUCUACCUCAGCAGAGACCUGCAGAAAGCCAGCGCCUAUCCUAAACAUAAACCUAUAUCUGAAAAGGUUGUCAUUAAGGUUAUGGUCAAUGUGGGGAGAGUGAUCGCCAUCCAUUAUCAGGGACACCCAUAUCAGAAGACCUGGCACAACUACGGCUAUGACACCGCCUGGGUACCACCCAAGUGCGGAAUGGUGCCGAGCGGUUUGGAGGAGGAUUGUGUCUGGGAUCCCAAUCGGAUCAAGAUCAUUAACAUCAUCAACCCACGCCUAGUCCAAUAGCCAUGUCAACAUUAGGGUGGAGAAGGUGCAUUUGGCUACAUGUGAGCUCUAUGAGAUGUUCCCCAUU